AUGCCACAAAGGCCCGUCCUCGAUGUCGACGCCGUUUUGCCUGCAUCCGGCGCGUGGCCCUUGGGGUCGUCCUGUGGUGCGUGCGCGCCCGUGCGGAUCUGGGGAUGGUUCUUCCAUCUACUUACAUCCAAAAGCUGCUCCCAUCUCCGCUUCCAUUCUUCCAUGGAACCGCCGCUAGAACGCCGGUCGUGCGCCUCGCCUCGAGCGCCCACAAAUACUUGCAUGCACACACACACACACACAUUGCGGCGUCUAUGUUUGGAAGGUGCGGCCAAAAGGGCAAACCAAACCUUGUGCCUCGUCUCCUCACCAUGUGCAUCUGUCCUUCCGCGGCACCAUAGCUCCGUUUCGAGUUUCGCAUUUCGGGAGCCACAUGCAGACGCCGACGCCGACAACAUGCAGUCCGUGUCUGAAGUUUCUGUCGACUCCCCACUUGGCGUCCGACCAAGGCGUGCACUCGAGUGGACCAGAGUGCAUCAUCGUGCUGCUGCCCUAGAAGCUUUUCAUCGAAGGUCGACAAGUGGGCCGGCCAAAAAGUCCCUGCCUUCGCGCUGGCUGGGAAAAACUCGGCCUCCGAUGUGGGCACACGUGCAAGGCCUGCGUCUCCCUCUUCCGAUCAGUUUUCGUUGGGCACUCUGCGACUCAUGUGGCUGCGCAUUGAUUGGCCCACAGCCACUGGCGAAAACCGGCCGGGUGCUGUGGCUGUGGAGCUGUGGUUGCACGCUGCUACAUCUUGAAUCAACAAUAACUCGGGCACCAUAUUUCAUUUCAGAAUUUUUCUUUCGCAAAAACAGGAAGGAAAAAGACAUGCAAGGCGCGCCAGAAGAAAGCACAUCAUCCGGCCCUUUAGUGAAACCAGCCUCUCUGUUCAUGGCAACCCCACGCGGUGCUGAUUUACUUGCCUAUUUGGGAAGGAGAACCGCCCACAGCAUUGCCAGGCAGCCGCUGCUGCCCUGCGUCUGUAUGGUGGCACAACAAACCGGCGGAGCGGAGUCUAGGCUCAUGUGCACGCGCGUAGUCUGUACGAACGCAUUGCUCCAACUAAAUGCCCCGGCAAAACAUUUUGCUACCAACAAUGUCGACCCUGUGUAUCAGCAGAACAAACAUGCAUCUUGCGACAAAGCGAACCCCUCUUCCUCUGCCGCCACCAUGAAAACAAGCAAAAUAUCGCAACACCGGCUCAUCGGGAAGGAAAAAAAACAACACAGCCAAACUCCCCCCAAGUACCGAUCGAUCGAUCGAUUGCAUACAUGCAAGCCUGUUCCCAAAACGAACACUCAACAUAUCAAAAACAAGACAAAAAAGUUGUCAAGAAAAAAAACACGAGUGCUCGAUUAG